CCGAGAGCUUACACUCUCACACCCGUUAGCCGACUCUCACCGGGAUUAUCCUAGGCGAGUGAAAAAGAAAAGCCCGCGAUCGAAGGGCCCGCGAUCCGCUAGCCACGAUCGAGCGACGGUUCACCGCCGGCCUGAUUCAACCGAGGACGAUCAUGAUAUUCACAAUUUUGUGCAGCCUCGUCAUCGGACGAUCCAUCGCUUUGCCGCUCGCCAAUGUUUGGCUGAGUCCGAUACCGGCCCUUUCGCCGUUAAGGCAGUACCACAUACAAGACGGAUCGGGAUCUUACCAAUACUCCUUCACGGGGCCUCAUCACGCCAAAGCGGAAACUACCUUGAACGGCGUCACGCAGGGUGGAUAUUCCUACAUCGACGCAAAUGGAAUUUUGCAAACGGUCUCGUAUACGGCGGACGAUAAGAACGGAUUUAGAGUCAGCGCGAGCAAUCUGCCGCAACCACCCAAAGAUGAGGUACAAACUGUACGAGACACGCCGGAGGUAGCCGCGGCAAAGAGAAAUCAUCUUGACGAGCUGCAGAAGGCCAAUUGGCAGGAUCCGAAUAUUCUGUCGUACAAAAUCGUCCCGUCGUACUUUAGCUUCGCCCAAAUCCAGCCGGACAACAGCAACAGCAACAGCAAAGCCGAGCUAAAUUCGAAGACGCGAGAGUUUGAGAGUACCAACAAUCCGUUCCUGCUGCCAAGAUCGGAGGCAGAAAAAAUCAACGUACCCAAACCGGAUCCGAGUCUCUCGAAGGUAUCGCCCACGUCUUCGGGCCCCACCAGCACAAUUGCCUCGUCAUUAUCCACUCCGAAACAGAACACGCUUCUCGACGACGAAAAUACGUCAAAUCAGAACGUCUUCCAUCUGAAGAAACUGACGCCGUUCUCCAGCAUUCAGAAACGGGUAGCCUUGCCUGCCCCGUACGUACUUCCGGUGGUGCCUUACAGAUUGCUUCACAGCUCGCUGCAUCACACCCAGGACUCCCUGGGCCAGUACGAUUACAGUUACACCGGGGACUCGAGCGCCAAAACCGAAUCCAGGUCGCUAGACGGUACCACCAGGGGUGCCUACAGUUACAUCGAUCCCAACGGGAUUCUUCAGCAAGUGCAUUACAUUGCCGAUCAUAAUGGAUUCAGAGUCAUGGCAACUAAUCUGCCCGAAGCGAAGUGAUGAUCAUGUCGGCGCCGUAGAAAAUGUCCCGUGGGACGCAACAGCUUUCGAAACGCGAUGUUAUACACCAAACAUUAAUACUGUACACAGUUUCCUGAAUUUCGAAUUUGUCAACGAAUCUCAACCUCGCGCGAAAUAAUUUCGGGCAUUCCAAAGAGACGAAAUUUUUAUUUAUUUCGAUUAAGAGAUUUAUUUCAUUUAGGAGAAGAAGGCGAAGAAGAUAAAAGGCGAAAAAAUAAAGAAAAUUCACGUAUUCUCAUGUAUCUAUUCAAUGGAUUUGGAUUGCUUUUGUUUCGAAGAUAAUCAUUUGCGACAGCCAAGGCGCGAGAAGAAGAUGUAACAGAAAAUUCGCAUUCUCGCGUAAUAAGUAUCGGUGUCGGGGAUCUGAGGAAACAUUACGCGAAUGCUUCUCGAGUUUGUUCAGCGAUUGUUCUCGCGGAAACGCGGAGGAGCGGACUUGAUUCGUAUUCGAGUAUUCUCCUAACUUUAUUAUUUUUUUUUUUCUAUAAUGUUAAGCUUACUUCGCGAGCAAUUGUGCGAUCGCGACCAGGUAAAUUAUUUCACGUUUCGUAAACAUUCUUCUCUUAUUAUCUUUAGCACGAGCGAAAGGCGUUAAUGGAGGCGUCACGUUUUUAAGAUUGUUAGUAGAUUGCACUUAUUGAUCAUAUUACGUAAAUACAGGUGAAAAAUGCAAUCUC